UCUCAACACAGGAAGCGACAUGAACGACACUGAAGUGCCGCCGCCGACGUCGCCCACCACUGCUACAAAGAGGAAGAUGGUCGCAGAGAUCAAGGAAUACGAAGCGAGUACUAGGUCCAUCAAAGUCUUUAACGAGUCCCUGCGUCAGCUGAGCGACAAUAUCGAAGAAAUGACGCAAACAGUCGAGCAAACCAACAAACUGGCAGCAGGGUGGCUGCGACUGUGGCACAAAUGAAAUUGCUUCCCCCUGCACAUGCUUUCCUCUAUGCGCAAGUUUCGUCGAUGGUGCUCCAAACUCGCGUAUUCAUGCGUAAUGCCAUGCAUCGGACCCAGCCUUACGGGAUCUCCAUAGUGUAAUGGCACGUUCAUUACAUCUUUAUCACUCAAAUCUCUAUGCCCGACAGUUCUCGAUGUCGAGGACGAAGAUAUCGGUCGCACCGAGCUCGU